AUGGGAUGCAUUGGUAGUCGACCUUAGAAUGAUGAAAAAAGAACAUCUAAUGAUCUAUAUUUGCUUUUGGAUUAAUUGGCAGAAGGACAAUUUGUUGAUACAAUCAUCAUCAAUACUUCUGUUUAUAACUAUUGUUAUAUUAAGUAGAGAAAGUAAUGGAUUUCUAGAAAGAAGAGAAUAAUAAAGAGUGUUGAUAAAUUGAUGAAUAGCAAUCUAUAAUCUAGAAAUUAUAUUCAUUCAUUUUUAGAUUCACAUCCAGAAUCAAUAAUUUUGUUAAGACCUCUUCGAAAUUUUAAACCUGUAUUUACUUAAGUAACAAUACACACUGCCUUAAUGAAAAAUGAUUUCUUUCCCUAAUAAAUAUUUGUAAAUUUUUUGGAUCAAACAUAAUCCUAAUUGAUGAAUUUCAGCAAUAAUGGAAAAUACACAUUUUUCCUGCAAUUGUAAUUAUAGAAAUUGUCAAGUUUAAAGCAAUUUUACAAAUUUUAAUAAAUUCUCACUAUUAAAAUUUCCAAAAUAUUUAAAUUUGUUCAAUUAGAAUUUUAUGGUUUGAUAGAUUGGAAUUCAACACAAAAAUAAGCAGAUUUAUAAAAAUUAAAAAAUAAAUAUGGAUGGAAGAUGAAAUUCAUUGAUAUUAGUUCAAAUAUACCUGAACAUCAUUAGUGUAUAAUUAUCAGAGACUAUUUUAGAUUUUAAUUCUCAUUAAGUAUUUCAUAUUGAAGAAUAAACAAAAGAAGAUUUAUUUGUAAUUAUUGAUCCACAAGGCUAAGUCAUUAGAGCAGAAAUUCCUGAAUUUUAUGUAUCCAAAAAACCAGAUGAAAUCAGUUAAGAAUUUGAUGAUAUUAGUUCUUAAAAAUCAAAAUCAAUUAAAUAUGAGAGGAAGUUGUUGAAAGAGUUACAUCUUCAUUAUUCAUCAUAUAUCAGCAAGAAUAAACCUUAAAUUACUAAAUCAACACUAACUAAAUAUUAAAUAAUGCAAUAAUAAAUAUUUUAGUCAAGUGAAACAAUAAGUUAAGUAUAAUACAAGGAUUUCAAAUAACUGUUUAAGAGUUCUCGUUUGUUAUAAAUCUUAUCUAGAUAUCAUCCAGGUGAACCAUUUUAAUUUGAACUCAUUAAAUAGAUUUAUUUUAAUUAUGAUUAUGAUGAACAUAAAUUCAAAGAAAUCACUAAGACAUAUUUAUUGCCUUCAAUUUAUCCAACAGCUUCAAUCCAAAAAAAUAAAAUACUUACAGAAAUAUGUAGAGAAUUAAUGGAGUCUAUUGGAUUAAGAUGGAAAGUAUUAUUUAUACAUUAUUCUAGAACCCAGACUUACAUUUAUAUUCAAUACCUUACACUUAUACAUUCAACAAAAUAUAUUUAAUGGAAUUCCUUUAAGAUUUCACUUAAUAGUUCACUUUCUAAUUAUAAUUAUUCUUAAUAAAAAGGAGAACUAUUGAAUGGUAGAUAAAUUAUAAAUCUGAUAACAAAAUUAUGAAGCUUAAAGAAGAAGAAAAAGUUGAGUGGACUAAUUAAUUAAAUGAUUCAUUUGUAUUUUAGGAUAUGUAUGAAUUACACAAUAAAUCUAUUGUUAUCAAAAAUUUAGAUGAUUUAAAAUUAUUAAAACAAUAAUAGGAAUAGUAACUAAUAUAAUUUAAAUUAAUUAAAACUUAGAAACUAUGUAAUAAAAGUAUGAAUUUAAUAAAGAAAUAUAUCUAUCAUCGAAUUGAUUAUCAAAUAUAAUUAAAUGAGAAAGUUAUGGAUUUUGAUGAAUCCAUCAAAAUUACUAUGAAUUCUAUUCUCUUUAUUUUGUAUGACGAUUUUGAAAAAUAAAUUCUCAUUAUCUUAAAUAAAUUGGCCUCAAUAUAAGAUCAAUUCUUAGAACCAAUGAAUAUCAUAAUAAUUACUUAAUUAGAAAAUGUUAAUAAUACUAUAAAUGAUUUUAAUGCUUUACAGAUUCAAAGAUUAUAGAUAUAAUUUUGUAAUGUUAAUUAAGCCUGGAAUUUAAAAACUGGAUUAUUAUUUAAAUAAGACUUAGUUGAAAAGUACUUUAAUGUAAAAAGAGAAUAUAAAGCAGUAAAAUAUGUUAUGAUAAAUGUUAGUUUUAUGUAGAUAAAUUUGGUUAUUUGAUGGCAAUUCAAACGAGUGAUGAAUUCAUAAAUAACAUAUAGAAAAAAAAUUAGAAUAAUAUUGUUGUAGAUUGGUUCAUUCAGCAAUUUGGGUAUUUAUGAAAUAAUUACUAUUUAAGAAUGACAAACAAGAAUAAUGAUUAACAAUGGAAAUUAAUUAAACAAGAGUGUUGUUAAUUUAAUUAGAAAUAUGAAGAAAUUAUGAGUAGUUAUGAAGUACCAAAAGAAAUGGUAAUAACAAUAAAAUCGAUAAAAUGUUUAUUGUGGGACAGUCACAAUCAUAGUUUUGAAGAGUAUUCAAAUUGUGCAACAAUUACUCAGAACUUAAACUCAGUCUAAAAAGCUUAGUUAAACAUUUUCAUACCAAAUAUAAUAAGACUAAUAAUUUGA